AGCGAAGUAACCGUCAGCGCAUUCGAACGUUUGAAACCUUUCCAUCUCUGGUUCCUUUUUUUUUCUUUUUUCAAAGAUCAGGAAAAAAAAUUUUAGAGUUCAGGGAGCGGCUCUAGAUCUCUGCUUAACGCUUUUGAGGUAGAUGGUUAGGAGAAGUAGGAAUUACUCCUAAGUCAGCAGCAAGAAAUCCAAGCCGAGACGAGUAAAAGCUAGAAUGUGACGGUUCUCCAUCAACCUUCAUCACCUGGACUAUUCUUUGGUAUAUAAUACUGGGAUAGGUCGCCGGUCUUUAUCUGGUUCGUAAAGGGUUGCUUUCAGAGUGGUGGAUACUGCACAAUUUUUUCUUCCCUCUGAUUGUUGUAGCUUUGUCCUCAUCAGCGUCCGAUAUCGCAAUCGAUCUCUGUCGCUGCAGCCUUCGUGGCUAGUGGCCGACUCGUUUGUUGUCGUUGGAUUUGGGUGGCACUUGAAAACCAUCCGAUUUAUGGCAAGUCGAAGGCGCUUCUAAAGUUAACAAAAAUUGACGCCUUGGACGUCUCUUCAAUUUGGGGUCUGACCUGUGAAGCUAAUGGAGCUACAUUUCAAAGUUGCCAUCCUUUGUGUCGGCUGGUUCUUUUGGUUUCGAUUCAUUUCCUGUGAGAAUCAUUUAGGGGAAUCAAGCACAUUAAAGUGGACAUGCUUAUGUGCUGGUGGUCCUCUAGGCGCACUGAACUACACUACUGCAUCUAAUUGCUCUACAUCCUGUGAUUGCGUACAGGGAAACCCAGAUGGAGUAUGGAAUUGCUCAUGUGCAUCAGAGGGGACUUCUCAAAGCCCAGGAAACAUCCAUCCUGCCAGUUGUUUUACUGCCUGCAAUUGCACAUCUGGGACAUCUACAGGUGCAACGAAGCACUUAUCUCACAAGGGUGUUGUGGUCAUUCUCCUACUCUGUGUUGCGUUCACAACUAUUGCAUUUCUCACCUCCAUUGCAUGCUAUUUCUAUCGCAAGGAUCAAUUUUCUCUGCCAUCACCAUCAUUUUCAUCUGAAAAAAACACAAGUUGGAAUAGCAUGACCAACUUAAUAAACCAUCGAUCUACUUCAUUUCCACAAUGUCAGGCCAAGAACAACACUGGUUUCGAUGGACUUACAGGAUUCAUACGCAGGCUUUUCUGGGUGUUUGGAAGUGAAAGAGGAACUUUCCUUGGAGCCAUUGUCCAAUUUUCCUAUGUUGAAUUAGAGCAAGCAACCAAUAAAUUCUCAAGUGCUAAUCUAAUAGGGAUUGGAGGGAGCAGCAAUGUUUACCGUGGUCACCUCAAAGAUGGAAGAGUUGUUGCUGUAAAGAGACUAAGAUCACUUGGAUGGCCAGAAGCAGACUCUGAGUUUUUGUCCGAGAUUGAAUUGUUAUCAAGGCUCAACCAUUGUCAUGUGGUGCCGUUGCUUGGAUAUUGCUCGGAGUCCCAAGGGAAGCAAUCUGAGAGACUCCUUGUAUUUGAGUACAUGUCCAAUGGUAAUUUGCGAGAUUGUCUGGAUGCAGCACAUGAGAAAGAUCCGUUGGACUGGGAGACACGUGUACAGAUUGCGAUUGGAGCUGCAAGGGGCUUGGAAUACCUACAUGAAGCAGCUGCUCCUAGGAUUUUGCAUCGAGACAUCAAGUCCACCAACAUUCUUUUAGAUGACAAGUACAGAGCUAAGAUAACUGAUCUUGGUAUGGCCAAACGCCUAAUGGCUGAUGAUCUUACUAGUUGUUCCAGUUCUCCAGCAAGAAUGCUGGGGACAUUUGGAUAUUUUGCACCUGAAUAUGCUAUUGUAGGAAAGGCUUCACUGAAGUCAGAUGUUUUCAGUUUUGGAGUGGUUAUCCUGGAAUUGAUCACUGGGCGGCAAGCGAUCCACAAAUCAUCAAACAAGGGUGAUGAGAGCCUUGUGAUAUGGGCAACAGCUAGGUUGCGUGAUCAUAAGCUAGUUGUGUCAGAAUUACCUGACCCUCUUCUAAAAGGAAAGUUCCCAGAAGAAGAGAUUCAAAUAAUGGCUCAUUUGGCCAGAGAAUGUCUGCAGUGGGAUCCAGAAUUGAGACCUACCAUGAGUGAAGUUGUUCAAAUCCUCUCAACUAUUACUCCUCACAAGUCUAAGAGGAGGAACAUCCCUACAAGUUUUUUUAUGAGCACAUCUUCUUCCGGCAUCAAGGUUAUUACUGGUAUUGAGAGAUCACAAGGUCCGGUUGAAAGACUAGAACCAAGUCGAGCAGCUUCAGAGAGAUGGCAUGCUCGGUGCUCGUUGCCAAUAACAAUCGAUCGAAACCUCUGUGAGGACCACCAGAAGAACACCGAGAUGGUUCUUGCAGCAGAGUAUAUGGAGAGACUUAUCCUCCUCACUUCAAAUGUUCAAAAUCGACGGUCAUCCGAUGAAGAGACUGUGGACCUGACAGAGCCCCGUUUUGAAUCAUUCAUGCAGGCGAAUGUUCAGUCACUCUGAAUAGCUUGAAGUGGCAGAAAGAGUAUCCUCAGGCAAAAUGAAGCAUAGGAUUUUGAGCAAAUGUGAGCAGAAAUGAAGUUCUGCUACAAUUUGUUUGGUCUGUGAUCUUCUGAAAUGCUUUUGCUUUGCAUUACAUUCCACACUUAUGUACAGACUACAGAGAUAUCAAGGAGAUGAUGGGAAAAUUGCCUCUCGCUAAGUGGUACGAA